UUCCCCACUGUGACCCUCGCUCGCGGCAGGAUCGUGGGGGAAGGCACACUAGGGGCCCCGCCCGUGCGCUCCUUCCCAUCCCUCUCUGCCGGGUCUGGAGCACUGCGAGAUUUGCCUUAUUCCCUGGUGGCUGUGGUGAGGCCAGGCCGCCUACCCCCCGCCCCGCCCUCUGUCCUGUCGCAGCCCGGCUGCCGCGCCUGGGGUGCAGGCUCUCGCCCUCCCGCCGGACGCCACCAGCGCGGCAGGUGUGGCCCAGAGGCAGCGCGCGGCAGACACGAACCUGUGGAUCCAAGUAGCACCUGUUGCAGCUGGGAAGUCAUUGCAGGAUCUUGGUCCAGUGUYUGGCAACAGUUUGAUCUGAAGAUGGCAGUUUGGGUGAUUUGGAGCAGCCUCAGCCUGCUGCGAGUGCUAUGGUGUCUUCUUCCACAGACGGGCUACGUGCACCCGGAUGAGUUCUUCCAGUCACCAGAAGUCAUGGCAGAGGACAUCCUGGGCGUGCAGGCUUCACGGCCCUGGGAGUUUUACCCCAGCAGCUCCUGCCGCACGGUGGUCUUCCCACUGCUGACCUCUGGCUCUGCCUUCUGGUUGCUCAGGCUCUGGGAAGAGUUGGGACUGUGGCCUGGCCUGAUGAGUGGCUAUGUGCUGCUGGUAGGGCCCCGACUCCUCCUCACCACCCUCUCCUUUGCCCUGGAUGGGGCUGUGUACCACCUGGCCCCACAGUGGGGGGCAGAUCGCUGGAACGCCCUGGCCCUGCUGUCUGGUUCCUACGUCACCCUGGUUUUCUACACAAGGACCUUCUCMAACACCAUCGAGGGACUGCUCUUCACAUGGCUGCUGGUGCUGGUGUCCCCUCAUGUGGCAUGGAGCCCCACACCCAAGAAGCCUACCUCAUGUCCAUGGUGGUACAACUGGCUUCUUGGGGCCAUCGUGGCUGCUGGCUUCUUCAACCGGCCCACCUUUCUGGCCUUUGCUCUGAUCCCCCUCUUCGUCUGGGGCACUCGUGGAGUCAAGGACCCUGGCUUCAAGUCCCUGAUCUGGGAAGCUCUGGUGCUGCUCCCUGGGGCAGCACUCACUACAGUAGUAUUUGUGGCCAUGGACAGCUGGUACUAUUCCAGCAUUUCAAGAUCCAGUAGCCUUGUCCUUACACCUGUCAACUUUUUACAGUACAAUCUGGAUCCCCAAAACCUUGCAAGGCAUGGCACACAUGUGCGACUCACUCACCUAGUAGUCAAUGGCUUCCUGCUCUUUGGGGUGCUACAUGCCCAGGCACUACAGGCUGCUUGGCAACAGUUGCAAGUCAGCCUCCAGGCAUUUGCACAAAUGGGCCUCCAGAGGGCCUUACGGGCCCAGAGCCUGCUGUCCAGUCCCAGAUCUUACCUCCUUCUCCUCUACUUCACACCCCUGGCCCUGCUGUCUGCUUUUAGCCACCAGGAGGCUCGAUUCCUGAUUCCCCUCCUGGUCCCCCUAGUCUUGCUUUGUAGUCCACAAACCCAACCUGUGCCUUGGAAGGGGACCCUGGUCCUCUUUAAUGCUCUAGGUGCCCUCUUCUUUGGCUGCCUGCAUCAGGGAGGCAUGGUACCUGGCUUAAAAUACCUGGAGCAGGUGGUCCAUGCACCUGUGCUCCCAGGCAUGCCGACCCACUACACACUCCUUUUUACUCAUACCUACAUGCCCCCCCAGCACCUCCUCCACCUCCCAGGCCUGGAGUCAUCUGUAGAGGUGGUGGACAUGGGUGGAAAUGAGGACUGGGUACUUUGCCAAGCACUUAACAACCUUACCAGACAACCAGCUUGCCAGGUGGCUGGUGGGCCAUGGCUCUGCCGYCUCUUUGUGGUGACCCCUGGGACAACCAGGCAUACCGUGGAGAAAUGCAGCUUUCCCCUCAAGAAUGAGACACUCAUGUUUCCCCACCUGACCCUGGAGGACCCACCAGUCCUGUCCUCUCUGCUGAGUGGGGCUUGGAGGGACCACCUUAGUCUUCACAUCAUGGAACUGGAGCAGCCACUGCCCAAGAUUCAGCUAUAGAAUCUAUGCUACUCCACCUUGUAUGAAGGCAGCUGGGCUGUGACAUUGCCAUGGGGCCCUGGUCCUCCUUCAGGAUCCCCACUGCUGCCUCUUCUGGGCACAGCCAUUGGUUGUUCUGCCCUCUGGGUAAGCCCAUUCCCUUUUCCUUCAGACACCAAAGAUCUGACCAGUCACGGUUCUGCUGCCAAGGUCCCAAUAAUCCUGGUAUAAUCAAUGGCACCUAAUGUCUGUUCCUGCCCUAUGCCUUCCAGCCACUGUAAUGUUUUAAAUAUACAAUAGUACCUGAUUGUGAAAAGACAAUGCACUGCUAAUGAUGUUCCUGAAUGACCUCUCCCAAACUUGCCACAAUGCUUUACCUCUUUGGUAUCCUAAGGACUGGCAUGUUGAGGCCUUGCAGACACAUGAGAGAUUAUGGUGAAGGAGAGAAUAAGUGGCUCAGAUUCAGGGAUCCAAGUUCUAGUUCCUGGUCUGCUACUCAAUGACUUUUGAGAAGGCCCCUUCUAUUCAUCCAGCCAUUUCCCAAUCUGUACAGAUAAGAGAAUCCCUGAGAUGUCUGUCAGAUAAUAUCAUUCUUGGAACCCACAGCACAUGUCCCCUGGAUCAACAGGCAUGUUUCUCACAAAGCUCUUUGAACAUGGAAUGGUAUUGUAUUUAAUGGCACUUUGUGUCUGCUCUCUCAAUGUUUGGUCAUUACCAAAACAAGUCAUUCUGGAAAAAUUUUCCAGCACUGUCUUCUACUUCUGUCCUUGAGAGGUGGUGGGAAACUCUCCAGCCAUUUCUAUAUCUUACCCUUAAGAAUCAUUCUCCCAGAAGCUGCAGGCAUAGCUUAGUGAUACAGUGACUGUUUAGCAGGCUGGAGGCCCUGGGUUCAAUUCCCAGCACACCCACAAAUUAUUCUCCCACUAUUCUGUAUUUGAGGCCCUCUCAGUCUGCCCCAAUGGGA